ACGGGCCGGUGCUGCCGGAUGAACCGGUCUGACGAGAUGCCUCAAUCAGCUUAAAUGAGAGGGAUCCGCGUCUCCAGCCAGAUCCUCUCACAGUCCUGCAUGAUGGAGCUGCCGCUGGUCCUGCUCGUCCUGGUGUCGGCGUGUGCGGGAAAGGACUGGAUCCCUCCGCCCUUUUGUCAUGGCAGGUGUCCUCCGUUCACCGUGGUUGAGACGCACCAGGAUUUUGAGGAGCGUUUGUACGCUCCGGCUAAAUGGCUUACGACCCCGAUGGGAGGAGCCACAGUCACUGAUCUACUGGCUGCAAAACACCGGCUGGAGAAGGUCGCAACUGAUGCUGACACAUGGCCGGUUCUGAUCAACUACACAAAUGGCCUUGAUUUGUCCUAUUCCUACUUUGUUCCCGCUGACUCGACGUUGAUGGACGGCACUGAUCCAUCCGUCACCCUGCUGAGCAGACCGGAGGUCACGGUUUAUGUCAGGUCCUAUGACGGCACUCCGAGCAUCGCAAGAGGUCGCGACAACAGAAAGACUCUGUACGACGCUUUGAUCAAGGCUGGGAAAACCGCCGCUGACCCUAACAGUUACACUUGGGCCGGCUAUGACAGCUAUUGGUCCCUCACGCACCACAAUGAGGUCUGGAUCGAGAAAACCCAGUAAAACGUGUGGCGUAUGGUAGAUAUUGGAGUAAAUGUGACAUACUGACACAUUGUGUACACCUCACUGAUGUCGCUGUGAUCUGACAUCUUGGCUCUAAAGCUCCAAACCGGUUUCUCAUCUGCCCUUCCCACAUUCUAAUCACAUUUUGUCUGAUGACACCUCUGCCAGUAACUGAGAAUAAACAGUUGAGAGCCUU